AUGGAGGGCGUAUCGCCGCUGGAGCGGUACCUGGAGAGCUGCAGCGGGCAGGAUGACUUCUCUGCUAGUCCUCAUCUGUUCACUCCUAUGAGCCCUUAUGAUGUAGAACUUCCAAUUCAAACAGCUGAAGAUGGGGUGUUUGGUUCCCAGUUAAGUCAGCCCAAAGAGCUUCAUACAGAGUUCUCCUCUGUGGAUCUCAGCUUUCUUCCAGAUGUUACCCAAGAAAACAAAGGACAAAAUCUCUCUGAGGAUGGCCAUGAAACACAAAAAGAGCUUGAUGGGUCACUACCAAGUAACAAGGACAGUGGUGUUUUCAUGGAUGAAAGCAGCUUGUCACAUCCAGGUGCAGCUCAGCCAUCUCCUGGAGCAUCUGCCAUGUGUCCUCCCCUGACUCCAAUGACUCCUAUGACCCCAGCUUCGGAAAGCCCUGGAAUAGUUCCUCAGCUACAGAAUAUUGUGUCAACUGUAAACUUGGCUUGUAAACUGGAUCUGAAGAACAUAGCUCUGCAUGCCAGAAACGCAGAGUAUAACCCAAAGAGGUUUGCUGCUGUGAUCAUGAGAAUCAGGGAACCACGAACAACAGCCCUCAUCUUCAGUUCAGGAAAAAUGGUCUGCACAGGAGCAAAAAGCGAAGAGCAGUCACGGCUGGCAGCCAGGAAAUACGCGCGGGUGGUGCAGAAGCUCGGCUUCCCUGCCAAGUUCUUGGACUUCAAGAUCCAGAAUAUGGUGGGGAGCUGUGAUGUGAGGUUCCCCAUCCGGCUAGAAGGCUUGGUUCUCACCCACCAGCAGUUCAGCAGCUAUGAACCUGAACUAUUCCCUGGCCUGAUUUAUAGGAUGGUCAAACCAAGGAUAGUGCUGCUUAUCUUUGUGUCUGGAAAAGUUGUACUGACUGGAGCAAAAGACCGUUCUGAAAUCUAUGAGGCAUUUGAGAACAUCUACCCCAUUUUAAGAGGUUUCAAGAAGCCAUCGUGACAUGGCUCACAAAGCAAUCCAGAACAACACCUGGUGUUGCUGUGUGUGGAACAGAAGCCAAGGGGAUUGCUGGCCCCAGCUGUGGAGUUGUGGGUUAUUAAGCAAAUGAUUCAUUUCUGAAUGCUACAUAUGCUGAUGCCUUUCUGUAGUUUGUGAAAUGUUCUUUUCUUUCAGA